UUGCUUUAAAGUAUCAGCUACAGCCUGUGCCGAAACUUCACUUUCCAAACGCUUCCUUUUACGUCUUUCUUUCCUCAUCUUUCGUUUUUCAGCAGGGGUAUUCUUUCGCCGUAUCCGCCGGACAUCCGAGCUCUCCAUUACGAGAAGGUUGGAAGGUCAACACGUGAAAUUGCGCAUGCUCAUAUGAACUUUGUACUCUCUGCCCAAGUACUUUUGGCGGCAACUGCCCGCUCUUCCUCUUCACCUAGGACUCCUAAAAGAAGUGGUACCAGUCUUUUAAAAGACGAUUUGUGGAUCCGGUUUGCUUACGUGGUGCAAAAGUAGCAUCUUUCGCAGUAUGUAUUCAUGUUCAACGGCCAAGAUGCACCCAUCUUUCGGCUAGUGCGCUGCCAAGAUGCACCCAUCUUUUGGCAGAGUAUGUGUGCAUGUGUUGUUUGUUCGUACAGCUAAGAUGCUCCCAUCUUUCGGCUCGUGCGCUGCCAAGAUGCACCCAUCUUUUGGCAGAGUAUGUGUGCAUGUGUUGUUUGUUCGUACAGCUAAGGUAUAUCAAGCUAUGGAUUCUGAUGACCAGUUCCACUUGUCUGAAAGGGGUGACUCUGUAUGGAACAAGAGAGUGAAAACCAAGCUUCGGGAUGAGAUAUCACUUUCUGAUAAAGAAAAUGGAUAUUCAUUAUCUGAGAUAGAUUGUGUUCAUGUUUUUGCAGUGGCUAUUAAACGCUAUUUUGAGUCACGGAAGCGUAAUCACCGUGAGUGUAAACCGGAGCACAAACAAAGAGUGAGUGCACAAGAGAAACAGAGGAAAACAAGGUCUCGACGUCAGCGGGUAAGUGAAAUUAUACUUUUGGUUGGUAUUUUUCUUAAUAUAUAUUAUAUUAUGAUAACAGCUUUUUGACAGACGCAGAAAAUGUGUUAGGGGAUCUGAGCAGUGUUGGUGGGAUAAGCUUUCAUUAGAAUACAUGAGUUUUGAGUCUAGUGAUGAAGAAGAUAAUAUCACAGUCCAUUCACUGCCUUGGAGAUCCAAAAAACUGAAUGAUUUCCUGGCUGUACUCGACAAAAGAGCAGAUGAAAAUCGGCAAAAGGUUAAACACCAUGCAGCCGAGCGGAAAAGAAGACAACAUGGACCAGAUGCGGCUUCUUACCCUCCGGAAAACUCUCCGAAAUGGACAAUUAGCAAGGAUUGGAAGAAAGACCAUGUUCAAGAUCAAGACACCACAGAGCAUAAUAUGGACCUUUCAACUGAGGAGAAAGAACCUGAAUAACUUUCCAGAACAAACUAUUUUGUUAUAAUUUUAAGGCUGUAAAACUAUUGUUGUUGAACUGAAAAUAUACUGUUAAUUACAGAAAAAUUACUUUAAAAUACUUAUAGUUUACUGAAGGAUAUACAUCACCAGAAACUCUCAGUAUAUCUGCAGUACCAAAGUG